AUGCGGCUGCUCCUGCUGACGGUGGGGCUGAGCCUGCUCUCGGUGGCRCGAGCCCAGAAGUUUCUGCUGACUCCUGCUAGCUCACAGGAGCUCCUGGAAGACUGGCACAUCGUGCGCUGGGCAGGAGACUUGCCUAUUCCCGAGGAGAGGAAGACCCACCCGCUGCCUCCCUUCAAGUUGGUCAGAAACAAGCUCAACAAGCUGGAGUUCAGGAUGAACCUCAUGAAACCCAUUGGAUGCAUUCAGUUCCAAAUGAUCCUGGAUGUAGCCUCCCGGGGCACCUUUCAAACCGGGAAGGAUCACGCCAUUGCCUACUUCAAGGGCAAGAUACAGCAAACCUACCAGAUGACGAUGCUCAUGGGUGCGCUCCAGCCUCUCGACCGUGUGGAGUUGGGUGUGAACCUCCAGGGCCGCACCCUGGAGAAAGACCCGGAGGCUCUGAGCAUCUUUGAGAAGUUUGUGAAAGACAAAGGGCUGAACAAGAUCACCGCCCCUCCCCACCUUGGGAUCCCUGUGGCUGCUUUGGACUCACCCAGGUACCAGGAGAACGGCUCAUCUCAGGACUCUCAACUGAACCACAUCUGA